GACUACAACCCAAGGACCCUCUAUUGUCGUCAACUCAAAAGUGAAAAGUGAAAAUUGCCAUCUGAAUUUUUUCAGUCAUCAUUAAUUUAAUUUACUUGGCGUGAUUAUCUAUUUCUAAGCGGAAGCAGGACCCUAUUCUUGUCUAAAUUAUGUCGUCCUGAGUGAGGGUGGAUAACCUGCUGAGCUACAUCACCAGUCACCAAAGUUGGAAAAGACCAAGACCAGGUAGGAAAGUUGAUUAGUCUUUCUUUCGCCGUUCUGAGGAUGACUUCAAGCCGUGGAGCGAUGACCUCACCUACGCCCUGCUCCACACAAGAAUUAUGUCUUUACUGCGAUGCCCUGUGCACCUCGGCGUCCUCCUCACACUCGCCCAGCAUCAAGCACGCGACGAUGAAAAUAUUCGGAGACCUUCACAUCUCCGCCACAGACUUCCGCUAUGUCGAGAACGUUGGAGGACUCACCUUUUGCGAGCGGUGUGCCCAAGUUGUGCGGGAGGUGAGCGGACUAAUCCAACAGAUUCAAAAAUAUCAAAUCCUACUCCAGUCGAAAGUCGAGCUUUUGGGUAGUUUUGUCCGUGAUGGGGCGAGUGACAGUUUGACGACAAAGUCACUGCCAGUUUCGAGCAGCAGUCGCACCGCGGCGAAGAGGAAUGUAGUCUGGGAGAAGUUUAGGGAACCCGUCAUUCGGAGAUACAACUUGGGUCUCCUCCCGAAUUUCUGUGUGCAUAUAAAAUUGGAAAAUUACGACCACCUCCUUCCCCCCGGAUGUGGUCGUACAGGACGGUUGAAACGAUGUCGAAACGUGUCGCAGAGUCAAAAUUUAACGCCGCCGAUGAGCAAGAGACCUCGUCGAGAGUUGUCUGCUACUACUGGGAAAGUGACAUCGUUGCCAAAGAAGAGGCGUCCGAGGAUGAGUAAGACGAAAAGGGCGAGAAAACCACUGACCGAGAUGGCUGUGAAGUCCAAGAAGGGCGCAAAAGCCGCCAGUCCGCCCUCAUCGCCCAAAAGGAAGGUGCCACUCUGGAAGAUUAAAUCGAAGGCUGCCAUCGCACCGCUGCCCACCAAACGGAAGGCCGUCAAAAGGAAGCAAGCCGUGGUGGUCGAGCCGAAAGGAGCUGCUAGUGAUGCCAAGAAGGAUAAAUUAACGCAGUUAUCCGUGCAACCGGUGGUCUUGAUUGAUAGAGUAAAAAUAGAAGACCAGAUGAAGAAGGAGAAGCAGCCCUCCUCCAGAAAGUCCAUUCCUGGAGGAGCAUCCUCAAAAAACCCGUCUCCCAAGAAGAAGAACGAUUCUUCAUCGCCAGCCGUGACGGUUGAUAUGAAGGUCAAGCCCUGGAAUUGGUUGUCGGAAUACGUCCCUCCACAAAGGACGGCUGGAGAGAAAAAGUUGAGCUACACGAACCAGUGCAACGACGACGACGACGCGGAGGGAGCUGCCAGUUCUGGAAAUUCUUCCCACGAAUCCCUCUUCAUCCCUGUCAAGAAGAAAGAUAAAGUCAAGAAGGAGCCGAAAGAGGAACCAAAUUCUCCAGUCAAGACUUCCGGGACGAACGAGACUCCAAAAUUAAUUGUCGACGACAAGGACUCUGCGAGUCGAGAGGAUGCUACCAGCUAUGCCCAAACCGAUUUAAACAAAGUUGAGAAGUUGGCAUCGUCGAAGGAUUCUUCUUCCGUCAUCGCUCUAGAGUUGAUCGAAAGGCGGCGAACCUGUCCCAAAAUUACCAGUCCACUCAAAAACCGAGUGAGGGUGUCGAUUUCUUUCACCUCUUCAUCCACGGGCACGAGUCACAAGAGAUCUGUCCUCGCCAUGACGGACGACGACGAUGAUGAUGAUGACCUCAUUGCCGUGGAUGAUGUCAAACCGCGCGAGGAGGAGGAGGAUGAGGAAGACGAGGUGCAGGAGUGUGAGAGUUCAGAAUCUGAAGAUGACGAGAGGGUUGAAGGUGAAGAUGACCUCAUUGGCCGGGGGCCCAGGGUAGAAGAACAUGAACACAAUUUCGAGCAACUAAUGGACGAUGUGCAAGACUGGAUUGAUUUAAUUCCCCCCACUCCCGAGCCCGAAAAGCUGUACAGCUUGCUGCAGGACGUUUCCGAUGAAAUUUCUCCGAUCCCUUACGACAUUGGGAUCAUCCAUUUGAAACCUCCCGUUCGUCUCGAUGCCGUCAUCCCGUCCAAUCUUAUUUCUGAAGUGACAAAUGCCGUCAAAAUCAAACCAGAAGUUGACGACGAUGACGACGACGACGUGCAGAUAAUCACUUAUUGUACUAAUCAGUCCUCAGCGGUGGCGGCGGCGGCGACGGCGACGGCGACUAAUCCGGCAAAUAAGGAAAAGGUGGUGCUAUGCGUGUCAUAAUGGGUCCCGAAAUUUCUAUUUUUAAUUAAAUCUUAUUCAUGAAAUCUCAGCCAAACUACUGAACAAAUGAGGGAACAAUGAGAAACCAAAAAUUGAUUAGUCACUCGGUUCCAACCAUUCCAGAAGUUUAUGUUUAGGGUUAACCCUAUUCGUUAAUUAUUAUUAUUAAUUAAUUAAUUAUAACUAUUCCUAUUAGUUAAUGAAUUUGUUGCAUGCAUGAGUUUUUCCACGAGUGGAAAAUUAAGAGAGAAGGUUCCAAUUUGUUAAUAUUUUUCAGUAAUUUCUUCAUCCCCGGCCUGUGCAGUAUUUACAUACAAAGAGAGAAUUAAUCAUGGUCAAAAACUAAAAUUCUUGUCAAUCGGUAUAAGUUGUAAUACUAAAUGUUAAUUUGUAAGUAGGUUAAUUAAUUAAAUUUAUCCGUUAUAUCGAUGUUAUUAAUCGGUUAUUUUUAAAUGUUACCUUUGAUUUCUUACUGUUUCUGUACAAUCAAGAAAACUAUAUAAAUGUUGUGAUCAUUCAUAAAAGUCUCAAAAUUAGUUAUAAAAAAGAGUGUGAAAUUUAAUUAUUAAUUAAACUUGCGAGACAAUAUUAAUGAUCUGAAAGGCUGCUCAGCAAGCAAGAUUCAUUCAUAAACAUGGAUCAUUUUUAUUUUGUCGCUAUUUAAUUUAUCAAGAACAAAAUUUAAUGAAAUUCUUGGAAAUGUUUGUGUGAGACUUUUUGUCAAAAAGUCAGAGGAUACUGAGUUUUGGAUAUCAUACAUAACUCGAGGAGAUAAGGUGCAAAUGCGUCGCUAUUUUUUUAUCCAUAUUAUUAUGAACUUAUGGUGUGUAUUUGACUAAAUUUGAAUCUGGAUGUUGUAAUACAGUUGUUGCAAAUUGAGUAAAAAAACUUGUGAUAAAAAUAUAAA